GGAAAUUUUAAAACAGAAAAAAACUCAUAAAACACACAUUCACUCCAUUUUUUUUCCCUCACACUCACUCUACCUUUCUCACUCUAAACCCUAGAAAGUAUUGAAGUCUAGGGUUUUGGCUUCCAUGGUGUUUGGGGUUUUAUUUCUGUCAAUAGGCUGCCUGGAAUCUUCUGAGUGUGAAGCAGAAGUGCUUCGUAUGUCAUCUGCUGACUGAUUCUCUCAUCAAUGCUUGUUACCAGAAUGAGUGAAGAUUUUGGAUGAUGUGUGAACCACAUGCGGGUGUAUCUUGUUGCCUCUUUGGUUGUGCAUGAUAUUUGAUUUUUGAAUCUCCCAUGGACUGCAACAAGGAAGAGGCCUUGAGGGCCAAAGUAAUUUCAGAAAAGAAGAUGCAAAGUGGUGACUUCAUAGGAGCCCGGAGGAUAGCACAAAGGGCUCAACAACUUUUCCCUGAUCUUGAGAACAUUUCCCAGCUGCUAACUGUAUGUGAUGUUCACUGUUCUGCCCAAAACAAGAUAUAUGGGACUGAAAUGGACUGGUAUGGAAUCCUUAAAGUUGAACAAGCAGCUGAUGAUGCUAUCAUCAAGAAGCAAUACCGAAAGCUUGCCCUUCUACUUCAUCCAGAUAAGAAUAAGUUUGCUGGUGCUGAAGCUGCUUUUAAGCUUAUUGGAGAAGCAAAUAGAAUACUUUCAGACCAGGGGAAGCGGUCUGCGUAUGAUAUGAAGUAUCGAGUGUCACUGAAGCAUACUGCUCCAAAGCCACCACCUCAUCAGCUGAAUAGGAACUCAUUUGUCAGAAAACAAUAUGGGGUUCAGAACAAUUUUCCAAAUGUUGCCAAUCCUCAUGGUGUGGGUUUGAACCCUCAUCAGCAGACACAACCAGGUUUAUCUGAUGGCCAGCAAACAUUCUGGACAUGUUGCCCUUUUUGUAGUAUAAGGUACCAAUAUUACAGGGAUAUUAUGAACAGAGUUUUGCGUUGUCAAACUUGCCAGAAAUCCUUCAUUGCCUAUGAUUUAGGGGCUCAGAGUGUGCCACCAGGAGCAACUUGGAGUCAGCCUGCAUUCUCACUUCAUAAUGAAGUCCCAAAUCAGUGCCCCAUUAAAGUGAAGACACAAAGUCCUGCAAUGAACCCUGGCAGCAUGGGAUCUCAGGGAAGUUUUAACAGUAAAACUGCUGGGCCAGAUUUAGUAAAGAAGAAAAGGUGCGCUGAUGAAGCCAUUGGGGGGUCUAAAACCAAUGGGAAAGAAGAUGGCAAUGUAGAUGUGGGAAGUAAGAAAGGUGUUAGAAUGCCCAAGUCCGAUGCAGAUAAACCCAGGAAAUCAGGAUCUUCAAGAAGAAACACAAGCAGGAAAAGGAAAAAUUUACCUGUGGAAUCCAGUGAAAGUUGCCAAACUUCAAGUAGUGAAGAUGCCAAAGAAGCUGCCAUUGCUCAAGAAAAAGGUGUCGUUCCUUCUGGAGAAAAUUCUGAAUUUAAUAUAGGACAUCAACCAAGGAGAUCUUCGCGGAAAAAGCAGCAUGUUUAUUAUAAUGAAAGUGUUAGUGAUGAUGAUGACUUUGUAAGCCCUCCGAAAAAGGCAAGAAUGGAUGGAUCACUGGGCACUGGUGAGGAGAGGAAAGAUAAACCUUUGGAUGAUGGGGUACCAAAAACUUGUAAUACUGCUGGUUUUACUUCUGUUGUGGAUGUAGGCAAGGAAAAUAUCAAACAAAAAGAAAAUGUCCCUCUUGAAGAAACUGUUGUGAAAAGAAAAAGUGAAGCUGGGGGAUGUAUGAUCAAUGGAAAAGCAGCAGCCACGGCAGAUGACAAUGAUGAAAGGUGCAAAGGCAGUGUUAAUUCUGAACCAAACUCAUGCCCUGAUGUUACCCACGAGCCAGUGAGCCUUGAAUGUCUUGACUGUGAUUUUAGUGAUUUUGAUAAAGAUAAGAGAGAAGAUUGUUUUUCUGUUGAUCAGAUAUGGGCUAUUUAUGACCCAAUAGAUGGCAUGCCAAGAUUCUAUGCUCGGAUCAGGAAAGUUUUCGCUCCUGAAUUUAAGCUGCGUUUCACUUGGCUAGAGCCCUCUCCAGAUGAUGCAAGCGAGAUUGCUUGGGUCAAAAAUGAAUUGCCUUAUGCCUGUGGUAAAUUUACAUAUGGGCAAACAGAAGAAACUGCAGACCUCCCUAUGUUCUCUCAUCAGGUUCAUGGUGAGAAAGGUGGUAUUAGGAAUUCCUAUUUUGUAUAUCCUAGGAAGGGAGAAACUUGGGCCAUCUACAAAAACUGGAAUACUGAUUGGAGCUCCAACCCUGAAAUCCAUAGGAAAUAUGAAUUUGAAUAUGUGGAGAUUCUGUCAGAUUUUGUUCCGGAUGCUGGAAUUGGGGUUGCUUACUUAGGCAAAGUGAAAGGGUUUGUUAGCCUCUUUCGGCAAAGUGUGCAGCAUGGGAUUGUGUUAUUUCAAAUACCACCUAGUGAACUGUUAAGAUUUUCACAUCGAAUUCCCUCAUUUAGAAUGACUGGCUCAGAAGGGGAAGGUGUCCCUAAAGGAUCAUUUGAACUUGAUCCUGCUGCUCUGCCUAACAACCUGAAUGAUUUUAGUGGUAAUGAUGAUCUGAAGACGGAAAAGGAAAGUGUCAAUGCUGGUGUCAAUGGUUCGCGUACUAAAUCUCCUGAAAAUGAAAUGAAAUCCAUGAACAAUCCCACGAUGAUCAAGCCAAUGAAGCACGAGGAGAAUGAUACUGAAAGAGAGACCUCAGAACUUAGAAGGUCUCCAAGGGAAUUAAACGGCUUAUAUAAGAAAGAUGGUCAAGUAAAUCAAAGUGAAUGUGCAAACCAAGCGGAAAUUGGAGAUAAAAACCAUGGAGACCUCACUCAGUCUAAAGGGAGCAUUUAUGUAAAUCUGGCUGAUGAGAGGAUCAAUACCCCUAAGAAGCAUGAAAAGGAUGAUCUUGAAACAGGUAACUUCAAACUUAGAAGAUCUCCAAGGGCACUAAACAAGAAACACAGUCAAGUAAAUGCAAGUCAAUUUAUGGUUGAAGAGCAGACUGACAGGCAUAUAGUUCAUGUCAAAGAUGAUCAUCAUGGCAGCGCUCAUCCUAAAGGAAGCAUUUCAUCAUGUCAGUAUGAUGAGAAGAUUCCGUUGCAUGUGAAGGGCCAAAGUUCCAACAGUUUCACAAAAAAUGCCAUUGUCUCUGCAUCUAUCUCUUCAAAUAAAAUUCUGGAAGCACAGUUUUAUGACUUCAGUGGGGAAAAAUCUGAGGAGAAGUUUCAGACUGGUCAGCUAUGGGCACUGUAUAGUGAAGUAGAUAGGAUGCCUAAGAACUAUGCUCAAGUUAAGAAGAUCGAGCCUACUCCUUCUUUCAGGUUGCAUGUGGUAUUUCUUGAAGCCUGCUCGCCUCCCAAAGACAUGGUUCAGCCUGUUUGUUGUGGGACAUUCAAACUCAAAAAUGGGAAAACCAAGGUUUUUCCACGUGCAGACUUUUCUCAUCAGAUAAGAGCAGAAUCCAUUGGGAAGAACAAAUUUGCUAUCUUACCUAUUAAGGGUCAGGUCUGGGCAUUAUAUAAAAACUGGGAAAAUAAUUUGAUGUGCUCUGACAUAGUGAAUUGCAAGUAUGACAUAGUUGAAGUUCUCGAAGAUAAUGACCACAGCACAAAAGUUUCAGUUUUACUACCCCUAAAUGGUUUUAAAUCUGUUUAUAAGGCUCCAAGAAGGCAAAGAUCAAGUACUGGUAUUUUGGAUAUACCCCGGGACGAGUUACCAAGAUUCUCUCAUCAGAUUCCUGCUGUUCGACACACAGGGGAGAACGAUGCCCGCCUGGCAGACUGUUGGGAGCUAGACCCUGCUUCAGUCCCUGGUAUUUUAGUUUGUUUAGAUUGAAGUGUCAGUAAGGUAAGUUCUAUAUAUCAUCUUGUUCCCUCAAACCUAGUGUAACCAGGAGCUUCAUUCAGAAUGCUCCAAUGUGAAAAAUGGAAUGGAUUUAGGAGAAACUUGACAAAUAUGAUUCUCUCUUUUGCAUCUGGUA